UCAAAUGUCUCAUGAUCCAACACGGACUUUGGGCUUAGGAUCCGACCUAGCUACCUGGGACUUCGGACUUAUUGUUAGAAUAGGUCCUAGCUACAUUGGCUGGUUGGAUCCAGGAUUCGACUCAGGCUUCAGGCCCAGAAUCCGACUUAGCUUUAUUAGGUUCUGACUCAACCGGCAAUUUUCAAUUCUUGUUUAUUGAAUUUUAUAAAAAAUAUUUUUCUAAAUUUUUUUUAAUUUUUCAGCUAUUUUGAUAUAAAUAUAAAACUACUACUGCUAUUAUUUUUUUCAUCUUUAUUCUUUCAUCUUUCUCUAUAUAAAUGAAAGAGGAAGAAGAUAAACAACAACAAAAUAAUUCUUCUUCUUCUCCAGCUUCUUUUGUAUUAUUCGACACAAAUAUUGCUUCAACAUCAAAAAUUAUAAAUACAAAAAUUGAUGUGGGACCAAAUGUCUCAUCCAAUUUUGUAGAAAAUAAAAAUUCUUUUGACAACGAAAAUGAACAAAAUUUGAAAGAAUGUGGACAUAAACCAAUUCAAAAUGGCGUUUUAAAUGAAAUUGUGCAAUUUGCUGAAGAAAAUGAAAAAAAUUUACAAGAGGAGAAUAAGGUGGACGACAAGGAAGAGGCGAGCGAUGGAACAAAAAUUGAAGAUGGGACAAUUAUUGGUGAUCAAAAUUGUUUUAAAACGCCAGCACUUCCUUGCAAUAAGUUUGUUUUUCUUAUAAUUUUUAAAAUAAUUUCUGAUUAGGGGGGGGGGUGGCCAAGGAUUUCUAACUGGAAAGUUCACAUACAGCUCCCAACUUAAAGGAGGUGUUUUCUACUGUGGGCGUUCCUUGAGGCAUACGUUCAAUUCUUUUUAAAAUAGGAUUAUCGAUUUCACAUAAACG